AUGGUUGAGGAACCUGAGUCUCCAGAAGCGAUUUCUCGCCCCCAUCAACUAAGCUUCUUCCAGUCCCGACUUCAUGGACCUCUUUCCCCUUACAACCGGCUGCCGCUGCAAGACGAGAAGAUAGCGUCUUACAAUUGCGGACGACGGCCGAGUGCCGUGCCCUUCUGCACCCAUCAAUGGAGCUCGAUGAACCUCACUGACACCACCAGGGUGCGGGGCAGCGGCCGUUGGCUGCCUUCCAAAUGCGCAGCAAACCUCGACUCCCUGUUCUCUGUGUUGAGGCUGAGAAGCGCAUCUCCUCUGAAGCACCCGACUUUGACGUUCUCCGGUCCAUGGCUGUGCGAAGAAAGCGUCAUCAACACAUCCGUCCUGUGUCGAGGCCUUGACGCCCUCCUGUUGACUAUCGACGACAGCCGAGUCUCACUGCUGAGACCUCGCACAGCCUUGCAGGAUUGGAGUGGAAGCCUACAGGCCCCCAGUGUCUCUUCCCGAAGAUGCAUCGUCGCUGUACACGGCCUGAACCCGAUCAACGUCGAGGACCACGCCUCCAAGACGUGGACGGCACCAAAUGGAACGUUCUGGCUCAAAGACUUCUUACCCAAGGCAUUAGAAGAAAGAGGUAUUAGAGCGAGGGUGCUGGUAUUUGGUUACAAUUCCAACGUGGUCUUUCAAACUUCCGCAGCUGGAGUCCGAGAACAGGCUGCGAACCUGCUGAGUCGGUUGAGCGCAGAGAGAGCGAAGAUAGAUCCGCCUCACAGACCAAUUAUCUUUCUUGCCCACAGCUUGGGGGGAAUUGUUGUGAAGAGUGCACUUGUGCACGCGAGGCUCAAUGAGGCCUACACCAACAUCUGCGAAGCCACUUUCGGACUUGCUUUUUUUGCUACUCCGCAUCGAGGGGGCGAGCAUGCCAGAAUUGGCAGCGUUGUAGCUGAUAUCGCAAAGUUGGCGACGGGCAAUACGAGGAAUACAUUUUUGGAUCAUCUCCAGAAAAACUCCAUCUUAUCGGAGCAGCUUGGCGAAAACUUCAAGAGCCUGAUUGGAAAGUACAAGAUUUUGAGCUUCUUUGAAACAUUGAAGACAGAAGGAAUUACACUGAUAGUGGACCGAAAGUCAGCUACCCUUGAGCUCGGCCCGGCUAUCGAGACUGUCAUUGCUGUUGAAGCUGAUCACCGAAGCAUUUGCAAGUUUGAGAGCCCAGAAAAUCCAGCAUAUAAGCUUGUGGCGGACAACCUUGUCAAAUUUGCCCAUCAGGCCGUGAAGAAGUUUAGAGAGGAGAUGUUUCGAAACCCGCAAGAUGAAACAUCAAUGUCUCAGUUACUGACAAGAUGCGUAGGGCUUGUUCCAUAUGGCGCUAAUCUACGAUUCUCAGGUCGCGAGGAGGCUUUGAGGAAGUUGGAUGAGGAUUUAGAACCUCAACUAGGGUUACAACAGAGAGUGGCCUUAUAUGGACUCGGCGGCGUUGGGAAGACACAGAUCGCGCUCAAAUAUGCUUACUGGAUGCGGAAGAACUUUGAGAAAAUCUCCGUAUUCUGGGUCCAUGCCAAUAGCCGCGAAAGAUUUCAUCAGUCGUACCUGCAGUUAGCUAAGGAACUCGACAUACCUGAUGCCGAUUCCCACCAAGUCGAUACCCUGGCUCUGGUGAGCGACUGGCUAAGUCGGGAGAGGUUUUGCGGUCAAUGGUUGAUGAUCCUACAAAAUGCUGACGACGUGAGCAUGUUUGAGGACCGCCGAGCAGACCAGGAACAGGAGACUUUCGCGGCGAAAGUGGCAGACUAUAUUCCCAAUUGCCAACACGGUGCGCUCCUGAUCACCGCGCGAGACAAGAAUGUCGGCGAAGCUCUGGGAGCGAUCAACCACCAAAUACUGGCGAUGGACUUGUCUGAAUCGGUCGAUAUGCUAGCACAGAUCCUCACUGGGGACCAGUAUACACGGGAUGAUCUGGCAAAACUGGCAAAUUGUCUCGAAAGGCUACCACUCGCAAUGAGUCAAGCGGCCGCCUAUAUCUCGAAGAACUCUAUGAGGAUCGCUGCCUUUUUGCGGCUAUUUGAGAAGCAAGCAAACGCGCUUGAUAUCCUUACUCGGGACGUCAAGGGCGUAGACAGACCAGUGACAGCUACAUGGCAGAUGUCAUUCACGCAAAUUCGAGAACAGAAUAGCCUUGCUGCCGACGUUUUAUCCCUCAUGGCCUUCUUGGAUCGAAAUUAUGUCCCCGAUACACUCAUUGCAAGUCAGCACAAGAAUAUGUUUGACACAGAUUUUGAAGAUGCAUGUGGGCUCCUGAAAGCAUUCUCUUUAGUUCAAGAGACAGAUGUGAAAAUCGCCAAUGAAGAGCAUCAAGCUUACAGCAUGCAACAUAUAGUUCAGUUGGUUACACGGCAUUGGCUGGCAAGCCAGGGCACUGCCGAAGAAUGGGCAGAAAAAGCCCUGUUUGCGGUUGCCACGGUAUUUCCGCCUGGAGAGCACGAAGAUUGGGAAAAGUGCGAAGUCUACCUGCCUCACGUUCGAGUAGUCUUGGACGUGCAUCUCAAGUCAAAGGCAGGGAUCAGAACCAAGGCUGAGCUGCAAUACCACUCCUCAUCCUACUUCCGAGUCAAGGGCUAUCAUGCUCGAGCUGAAGAAAUGGCUCGUCAAUCAAUCGCCAACUGGAAGGAAGCCCUUGGGCCAGAUAAUGCUUCAACUUUGGCCAGCUAUACCAGUCUAUCUCGAAUCCUUCUCGAGCAAGGGCAGAUUGGCGUCGCAAGGGACGUGCAGGUGGAGGGUCUGAAGGCUGCUGAGCCCGGGGUGGAGGAGACUCAUCCUGCCAUGCUACGGGCCCGGCGCCAUCUAGCGGCCUUGGAUGGCAUUCAAGGAAACUUCGAGGACGCAUAUAACAUGCUGCUCGCCGUGACAGAGAAGAGCCAAAUCAAUCCGGGUAAAGAGCACGCGGACACGCUGCGGGCUACACGCGACCUGGCCGUCACUCUCGGCCACCUGGGCCGAUACGACGAAGCCAAGGCUCUGUUUGAGGAAGUGCUGGAGACCCGCAAGGACGUUCUGGGCGAGGAAAACCUCGAGACGCUCAUCAGCAUGUUCGAUCUUGCCGAAUUAUACAAACUGCAGGACCCCGAGCACAACGCCGCCCAGGCAGAAGCGCUCGAGAGAGAGGUCGUCCAGGUGCGCCAGAAGACCCUCGGCAAAGAGCACCCGGCGAGCAUCCUCGCGAUGGAGAGUCUCGCGGACAGUCUGAGAUGGCAGAACCGCUACGACGAGGCCGAGGAACUGGGGAGCCAGAUCGAGGAGAUCCAGAGCAAGAGCCGGCGCAAACGCGGAGAGAAAGACCACCAUCUGCACCACCCGCGGUCGGCACCGCUGCACACCAUGAGCUACACGAUCCAGACGUACAAGCUCCCGCAGCCGCAGCAGCGUCCAUGGCCCAAAACAGGGCGGAUCAAGCAGACCGUCUCGGAAAGCAAUCUGCCGUCCGCCGACUCCUCUCAGCCGUCCUCUCCAAUGUUGUCCCCACCAGUGGUCAAAGGCGAUGUCCAGCGCCGGAAGUCGAAUCCAGUAGUGGGCCGCCUCCUCGGGCGUUACGAGAAGAUCAAGGCCAAGUUCGAGGCGGCAUACGAGGCGACACAUCAGCCUGCUCCUGCAGCAGAGGCCAGCACGGCGAAUGAACAGGCGAGAUGA